AUGCAGUCAUUUCUAAAAAACAGCUCAUUAAAAACAUUACUUCUACUUUUGUGGUGCCUUUUGUUUUUGCAUACAGAAAAUGUAUCUGCACACGGAUAUAUGGUAUACCCAAAAAUCCGUAUAAAUCCCGGUGACUACGCCAACAUUGACGACGACGCACAAUGGCAACUAACUAACGGCCCAACAAAUCAAAUGCCAUGCGCAGGCAUUCAACGACCCGACGGCCCAAUACCUGACGGCAACACAUUCACCAAAAAUCAAACAAUCAAUGUCGUAUGGCGAAUUCGAGCUGCGCAUCAAGGCGGCAGUUGUUUUGUCGAAUUGUUGAAAGACGGACGAAAGUCGACUGAACCGCUGACGUUGAUAGAGUUUACUGACUGUGCAACAGAUGUUUUACAUGACUUUACGGGCGGUGUGCAGUUGCCCGAGGAUUCUGUUUGCGAAGAGUGUAUUUUGAGAUGGAGAUGGCAAGCUGGUGAUUCGACCACUUUUAUUAGUUGUGCUGAUAUUAAAAUAGUUGAUCCAAAUGCACCACCAGCGACGAAUAUAACACUGAUAGUAAUAAAGAUAAAACAAAGAAAAGUAGACCUGGAAGAUCAAAAUUCAAGAGAUCAUAUUAUCGUUAUUAAAAAUUUAUUUUAG